AUGUAUUUUGAUAAUGGCAGUUUUACGUGUCAUAAUCGUUUAGGUGACAUAUGUGAAAAUGAUGAAGAAGGAAGUUCGACGGAUAAUCAUUCGGUAAUCAUCUCAAUGACAGACACAUGUUCUACAUCGAAAGAUGAGAAAAUUGAUGUCUCGAUGGAAUUUGUACCUGCGCGAAUCGAAUAUCUGAAUUCACAAUUUCUCGUAUUUGAUAUUAAUGUAGCGGAGCAGUUGAUGCGAGAAUGUCGUAUCAUCGUUGAAGCGUAUGGUACUUCUCCUGAUGCACGAGCUGAUCUUCGGAAAUAUGGAGCUCCGUUUGUUUUAAUGCCGGAACAAGUGGCUAGUAAUACGGAAGAUAUUCCUACUGAGAGAAAGGAUGCCGAACUUUCAAAAGCUCAUUUCAUACAGUUGGACGAUGUAGCAUUAAGGAAGAAGGCUGAGAUGAUAGCAAAAGGUCGAAAAGCAAAGAAACUAAAACGUCAGGCUAAUAGUGGAGCUACAGCUGCAGCUCUAAAGAUUCGACGUUGUGAUAUUGUCAAUGUGGAAGUUACAGUUUCCGAAAUAGACGAUGCAGUGAAGGAGCUGUCAAGACCUGACAAUGCCCUUAAGCAGGAGGAUACUUGGUUUCUUCCAUUGUGUGAGUUGCUUUAG